GUACCCACUCCCCCUCCCCAAAGGUCCGCAGUCUCUGGUCAUCCCCUGUACGGUGGGCUUCAGUCUCUGGUCAUCUGUAGUAUGUCUGUGAGAUGUCCGCAGUCUCUGGUCAUCUGUACUAUGUUCGCAGUCUCUGGUCAUCUCCUGUACUGUGUCCGCAGUCUCUGGUCAUCUCCUGUACUGUGUCCGCAGUCUCUGGUCAUCUCCUGUACUGUGUCCGCAGUCUCUGAUCAUCUCCUGUACUGUGUCCGCAGUCUCUGGUCAUCUCCUGUACUGUGUCCGCAGUCUCUGGUCAUCUCCUGUACUGUGUCCGCAGUCUCUGAUCAUCUCCUGUACUGUGUCCGCAGUCUCUGGUCAUCUCUCCUGUACUGUGUACGCAGUCUCUGGUCAUCUCCUGUACUGUGUCCGCAGUCUCUGGUCAUCCCCUGUACUGUGUCCGCAGUCUCUGGUCAUCCCCUGUACUGUGUCCGCAGUCUCUGGUCAUCCCUGUACUGUGUGUCCGCAGUCUCUGGUCAUCUCCUG